GCGCCGCGUAGCUCGCACGCGACAUGCGCGCCCUCUAGCGUAUUAUGUUCCUCCCCGACCUCCCGCGAGCCUGCAUGGUGGACGACGUAGCGACGUACCUCCAAGCGCCCUCCUCGGGACAGGACGAGUUCCAUCCGUUCAUAGAGGCCCUGAUGCCUUUCGUAAAGUCCUUUUCGUAUACGUGGUUCAAUUUACAAGCGGCCAAAAGGAAAUAUUACAAAAAACACGAGAAACGGAUGAGUCUGGAGGAGGAGCGACACACCAAGUACGAGUUACAGAACGAGAAAGCGGAGGUCAAACAGAAAUGGGCGUCGCGGCUGCUGGGGAAGCUACGGAAAGACAUAACGCAGGACUGUCGGGAGGACUUCGUGUUGUCCAUUACAGGCAAGCGGCCGGCCGUUUGCGUGCUGUCCAACCCCGACCAGAAGGGCAAGAUGAGACGGAUAGACUGUCUACGGCAAGCGGAUAAAGUGUGGAGGCUAGAUUUAGUAAUGGUGAUACUGUUCAAAGCGAUACCGCUCGAAAGCACAGACGGUGAGAGGCUAGAGAAGCACCCAGAGUGUACGCAGCCAAACCUCUGUGUGAACCCUUACCACAUCAACGUGUCAGUCCGCGAACUCGACUUGUAUCUCGCUAACUUCAUCAACAGCUAUGGUAAUGGGAGCGACGGUCUGCCAGAUAUACUAAGCGGUUCUCUCUCGCCACACCCCUCUAGGGAUAAAGAGAACGAACACGAGGCUAAGAACAAAGGCUAUACCCAUAAUCCGUACAACGGAGUGAUAUGCAACGAUAUUAUUCUAGCGACCGGUGUCUUCUCGUCGAAGGAACUAUGGAAACUAUCUAAAGCGUCAAUACUCCAAGAGACGGGUUCGGAGUCGCCGGGCGGGUCGGGCGGCAUUAAGUUGGAGUCCACCUACUACAGCUACAACAGCCCAGCUCCGCCCGCCUUCGAGCCGUCCGCUGACCGUGGCACCCCCUCUGGCAUGCUGGUCGGCCAGUGCUUUAACAUCCCCCACAGUUCAGCCGCGCUGAGCGUGGCGCAGUCCCCGCUGGUGUCGUCCAAUACCAUCUUCUACCAACACGCGCCGCCGCCCACUGAUACGCAUCCCACUUCAUCAGACGGUCUAUCAAGCCAGCACGGGGGCAAGUAUGAGAGCGCGCCGCAGGACUCGCUCGGGGACUUCGUCACCUUCGUCUGCCAGGAUCCUACGGAUGUGCAGCAGCUUCAGGUUCACAGUCUCUCACGGAGUCCAAAGCCGUACUUCCAGCUGCCGCCCCCGCCGCUGCCGCCCAUGGCCAGGCCCGUCACCAUCAUCAGAUCUACAACGAGCGAGCUGAGCGGAGUGGGUGUGGGCAGCGUGGGCAUGGGCGGCGUGGGUGGCGGGUCACCAUCAUCUCCGGAGGUCCGGUCACCGCCGACGUCGCCACGCCGCCGCUCGCCCCACUACCGCGACUGCCAUCCCCCCAUCUCGCACUUCAACCACUUCCACGCACAGCCUCAGCAGGUGUUCAGCUACGGGUCGAUGGGCGGUGGAGCGGUGCUGGGGAGCGGUGGGGGCGGUUCGUCACCACCCGGUGGGUUGGGACUGUAUGCCCCGAGACAUCCACCUCGGGCUCCACCAAGAUGGAAUGCUCCGUUCCCAACGUUAGAAGAGGAGUUCAACAUCAUGACUGCCCCGACCGGACCAGACCACGUCGUUCUACUGGAUGAUGAGGUGUUUUACAUUCCAGAACGGUUCUUCCAAUCGAACGUGAUAACGUCGGAUGCGACGGCCAUGGACACGACGAGCAGCGUACAGGUCGGCGUGGACUCGGCCGAGGACAUCGCCCCGGACAAGAGCGCGCCGGACCUGCGCUCGCCGUGAUCCGCGCCGGCCGCCGCCGACGCGUGCGGCGCGCCCGACGGCUCGGCCGCGACUGUGCUCCGCUGGACCCCCGCGCCCCUCCCCCACUGGCGCCCGGUCACUCAUCGGACUGUUUAAUUUUUUUUAAUUCUACCCAUUUUUUUCGUGUACAGGAUUCGUAGUGUAUUCCAUUAUUACUGAAGGAGGCUAAUUGUAAAUAUUGUUGAACUCGGAUCGGCCCCCUCGUAGUCGAAUUAUUUUUAUGGCAUAUUGACUGUUCGGAACGGCGAAUUCGUACUGGCGUUCAUUUCGAGAGCCAUCUAGUGGCAACGAAACUCAGUAUAGUUAUUCGAAUGCGCUCCGCGAAACCGCAAUACUCCAAUCCGAGGUUACUAUGUAAAAAGCUACGAAUAUAACAACAUGCUAUAUUCUAAUAUUUUUAUAGAAUAUAAAAUAAUGAUCGAGCCUUCCAGUAAUUUAGUGAAAGUGUUGUUAAGAAAUCAGCUUAUAAAUUAUUUUGCUGACCUAAAAGGCAGUUAGUUUACGGAAUGCUUCCAAUGCUGCGUCGCGACGCGGCGUCGUCGACGAGUGUGAUAUUAUAAGUUGUUUUUGUUCUGUUGUGAGUUUUGUAUUGACAAGUGUAUAGUUUAAGUGUCGUAGAUUACGGAGAUUUUUUUUUAACUUAUUAAACAAAUAUUUAAGAAAGACGAGCCUUGCUUACGAGAUUAGUUUAGUUAUACGUUUAGAGGCAGUGAUAAAAUCAACAUUGUUGCUAUUUUGAUCUGAAAUUUCAUACUAGACUUAGAAUUUUUUGGCUUUUGUACUUUUUUUAAGGGGAGUCCUAUUUUUUCUUUACGUGUAGUCGAUCUUUGAAAAGCAAUAAAACGUCAAUUAAAUUGAAUUUUCAAAUCGAAGGCAACAACCGUUGAUUCGUAGUGACGGGAGUCAAGAAAAUUUUUAUAGGUGCCUUUUAUAAAUUGUAUAUUAACAUAAUAUUAACGUAGGUUUUCCUUAACGCAUCAGCUCCUACCCUCUGCCCUAUAGGAUACUCUCACCUGCUUCUUGGAAUGUUUUCUCACGUACUUAACGUUCGUUUAGCGACCCCGUGGCCAUACGAGAAGAGCUAGUCAUUAGGGUUACUGUAAAUUAAUGUUUCAUAUAAAGUUUUAUAUUUACAAUUUAAACGAUACCUCUUACGUUACUAAGUAAGGGAUGAAAAACUAAAUUUGUGGCCAAAUUACACUUAACGAAAUCCAAAUAUAUAUACACGUUUUUAUAGAUUUUAGAUUUAUAAGUGGUACUGUUAAGUUCUUUGUGUCAUCCCUAUUGUCCACCUUUGAAUAUAAUUUUCGAACUUUCGCUAUCUCCUUCUUGACGUUUUCUAUCUCACUCUCGUACUAGGAAUAAAACCGUAGAUCACGUAUGGUCUCGCAUCGACGUCGGGUUCCUACCAAUAGAUGGCGUUUAUAUACAAAUAUUUUUAAAUAUAUUCGGUUGCCCAUAUUUAAAUGUAACUAGUAAUUUAGUAUAGUAGAAUAUAUAGCAAUAAACGAUGAGCAAUAAAUAAAUAAAAAUAUAUUAUAUAACAGCUUAGUGAAGCUAGAAUUGGUACUGAAGUAGCCGAGGUCGACACUCGUAUGACGCGCGAUAUAUUUUAUAACAUAGUGAGUAAAGCCGGAGUACUGAAUUAGUAUGGUCGGCAUAAGGUACAACUAGUUGUAGCGACUUCACAGAAACUAUAGAGUACAGCUAUAUAGUCCGUAGACAGAAUAGUCAAUUGCUAGCUAUAGACAAUAUAGAGGAUAUACAGACAAAAUAAAGGCUUUGAAUCGGAGACCUUCGUCAUAGUAACCGGGUGACGAAUUUAAGCUCAUUGGUGCCGAAAAUUUUAGACUGUGAUUAAAUUGUUCAUUCAGGAGGUGUCUUAUAUUGAAAUAGUCAUUUUGUAUGAUUGGCGUCGCACAGGCGUGCGAUAGGUGAGAACCGAUCUAUAGCCGUGGACUCCGUUAUAGAGAGUGCCUCGCCAGGCAAGGACCAAUUUACAACAGAAGACGCCGCUGUAGUUGGUAACCAGUCCGGCGAGGACCGACUAACAGCUGUAGUUGGUUUUUCACCAGGUGGGGAUCGACCUAUAGCUGUGAUUGUAGUUAGCGCCUCGAUCUGCAAGGACCUUCUCACAGCUGUGGACACUUCUAUAUUUGGUGCCUCGUCAGGCGAGAGCUGGCAUACAGCAGCAGACACAGUUGGUCCCUUACCAACUGAGGGCUCACUUAUAGCUGUGGACUUUAUUGAAGCUAGACCCUUGCUAAGUGAGGAACGAUCUAUAGCUGAGGACGCCGCUAUAGCUGGUGCCUCGACCAGAGCAUUUGUUACAAGUAUUGGAGUUGUAAAUUGUUAACCGCGUUAGUAGAUUCCGUAGUAUUUUUUUAGCUUCGCAAUAGUUGUGAGUCUGUCACGAAAACAGCCGGUCCGGGUGUUUUCAUGGCAGAUACUUUGAUUAGCAUCAUUGUUAUGAUAUGGAAGUAAUAAUUGAAAGCCUAAACAUUAUGUGCCUUAGAUACAACAAUAUUGUAUAUUUAUGAUGCGUUCUAUACAACGUGCUAACUAGAAAUAAAUUAUUACGAUUGUUUUCGAAGCCUGAACCGUGUAUUUAGUGUUGAUUUCCGCAUGGGCUUGAAUACCGUUUGUCAUCCCUGGAGCUAGUUUCCCUAACAAUUUGGGCACCCAGAGUACCUUUUUCUUCGACUUACUCCUAAGUGUUUCGUACGUCGAACACGACCGGACAUCCGGUGGUUAAUUUUAAAAUUUCAAUAUACCCUCAUCUAAUUAUUGUACUAUUAAGUAAUGCUUCGCGUAGUUUUGCUGAUAUAUAAUAUAAUGUAUCAUUUUAGUACUUACCUACAUUUACCCUCUUAUGUAUUACUGAAGUGUAUCUUUAUAAGCGCAAAAUUAGCCUCACUUGUUUUGGAUAUAAUUUCGAGUAUCGCGUCGCUUGUGUACCCCUCUCGAUGUAUCCCCCCUCGUGAGUUGUUCGAAUUUGUAUUUAUAUAAUAAAGUAACGAUCCGUCUUACUGUUAAGUUUUGGAUUUCAGAAAAUGACAUACGUAAUUAAAGUGUAAUGUAAAGUUAACCGAUAAUACUAACUUAGUUCAUCGAUAUGCGAAUUAAAUUGUUUAGCGAAUUUAUUAAUUAUUUUUAGUACUUUGUCCAUAAUCUGUAAAUAUCUUCGGGAGCGUAUAUAAUUUUGUACUCGUGUAAUGUAGACAGAGUUGCGUUUGUCCUUACUCACAUAAUUUUCUAGUUUUGUUGUUUUUUUACGUUUAGUUGUAAGUACGUGUGUAAGUCGAGCGCGUAUUCGGCGAGUUACAACGAGAGCCGUUUGGUUUAUAUGUUAACUAAAGAUAGACUUGUAAAAAUGUUAUAACAUGUAUUUUUAACCUAUACAUAGUAAGAUAUUUAUAGAAUUUUAGUCGUUUAAUUAUUUUGAACGACUUGUUAUAAAGAAAAUUGGUGCUUGAAGCUUAAAACAAAUAUGUACGGUUCGUGCCGUGUGUGUAUUGUCAUGGUGGACGGAGCAUUUGACAUAGCAUGCGUUGUUAUGCUCGUUGUUGCGUGAAAAUGUAUAUUUAAUUAUCACAUGAAAGAUAACAUAAUAUCGCCAAUAGAUGGCGCUUUCACAUUAAUAAAAGCACGCCAUCUGUUGAUGUACAACUAGCAACUUUUGUCUAUGGCUGAUUAACAACUUUACUGCAUAAAUAUGUAAUUUCACGCAACUGAAACGGCAAUUAUAAUAAUGUAGGUAAACCUUGCUCAAUAUCGACGAAAACUGAGAGUGUUACAGUUGAUGCAAUACAAACAAACAAACACAAA